CUUAUUUUCCUCCUUUCACCCAUUGGCCCAUCAUGUCGGUCGAAUACAAGCGCAUCCUGUUCGAUAUCCAGCGCAGGGAAGGGAAUAAGAACUGCAUGGAUUGCAAUGCACCCAAUCCUCAAUGGGCUAGUUGCAACUUGGGCAUCUUCAUCUGUCUAGAGUGCUCAGGGGUCCAUCGCUCACUUGGUGUUCAUAUUAGCUUCGUGCGUUCCAUAUCAAUGGAUAAAUGGUCUGACGAUCAGUUGAAGAAGAUGGAGCUUGGAGGCAACAUUAAAGCUAAGGAUUUUUUCGAGUCAAGCCCCGACUAUUUCCCAGGCAUGUCUAUCAAAGAGAAGUACAGCAGUGUCUUUGCUGCACAGUACAAAGAAAAGCUGGCAGCACUAUGUGAAGGUCGGCCAUGGACACCUUCCACUUCGACAACGCAAGCACCCAUCCGCUCAAACUCUGUGAACAGUAAUCGAACGGGAUCGCCUGCAUUUGGGGCUCGAAACAAUAACAACGGAUCGCCGUUUGGUUCUAAUGGAUAUAACAGCCCAGUGAGUGGUGGUGGCAGUGGAUAUAGCGGUCCCUCGCCAGGAGGUAGUCUCGGUUACAACGGUAACAGCAACAGCGGUGGAACAACGCCCCUUACAGAUAAGGCCAGAAAUGAACAGUACUUUAAUCGUCUUGGUAAUGAAAAUGCGAAUCGAUCAGAGUAUCUACCGCCAAGCCAAGGUGGUAAAUACACCGGGUUUGGUAAUACGCCUUCAGGCCCUCCACAAAACGAUAGUCUGGAUAUGAAUGAUAUCCUGAACGAUCCUGCAGCAGCCUUGUCAAAGGGCUGGUCCUUUUUGUCAACAACGCUGGUAGCAGGCGCAAAUAUGAUCAAUGAAAACGUGAUCAAGCCUACGGCAGCCACAGUCACAGAUCCAGAUUUUCAACACAAGGUUGGUGGAUAUGUUUCUUCCAUUGGACAGAAGGUCCAAGAAGGUGGUCGCACAUUGGGAACUAUGGUCAAUUCGCAACUUAACCCUCAAGCAUCCGGUUCUCGUCCUCCAAGCAAUAGCCGAUACGGUGGAUUUGGAUCGUCGGAUUAUCAACAAGGAGGCGGUACUAAUACUAGUUCAGACGACUUUUUUAGCUCCACUAUGAAUCACUAUGAGGCAAAAAACCAACCGCCAGUCCGUACAUCCUCUCCUGGCCUUUCUAACAACGGAGGCAUCAGCACCAGCAACAACAACGGGGGAUUUGGUAGCAGUAACAAUAACAGUUAUCAGACAGGAGGCAUAGGCAUCACACGGUCCAGCUCCAAUUCACCUGCUCCAAGGACAGGAUCCACAGCAAAUAACAGAAUGACCUCUACCGCAGCAUCUAGAGCAGCAACAGCAAAGCCAGUGUCUGGAUUGGCUAAGAGUGGGAAGAAGGAUGGAUGGGGUGACGAUGACGACUGGGCCAAUUUUUAAAUAUCAUACCGUGGAGUAGAAUAAUGAAAUAUUGCUGAAGGAAUAAAAAAAGCAAAAAGAGAAAAAAC